AUGGCAGAGAGCAGCAAGGUAGUUCUAUCUAUGACGGUCAAGGAUGCCUUUCUGAGAGCUAUUGGUACAUCGAACGACUUUCUCUCAAACUACCAGGUCAAACCCGGGAUCUCAGCGACGUGUUUCAAAACGAUGAACAUGUAUGGAAAUACACUCUCACCAUCUCAGACUACUUCGAUACCAUAUCUUGGAACUACAUUUGAAGAUGAAAGCCGCAUAGGCCAGAUGUCUCUAGCCGCGACUCCAUUUCAGCCUACGGGGGGAUCCGCUUGUAGGCAACCGUCGAUCCGCUUGCCUCCCAAAGGCCGCACCUACGAAUGGAGUGAAUUAUGCGAUGAGAAUGUCGAAGCUAAAAGUCCUAGGGGGGCCAUAAUAUCCAUUCAGGACCAAGAGACCUUGACCCUAUACUACGAAAAGGCUUUCGAAAAGUUCCAACAGGUAAAUUGUCGAAUCCUUGCGAAAGCCUAUGUCAAGCUUCUGGAGCCUCGCAAGCAGGUGAAAUAUCCAUACAAUGGACGGAUGAAUAUUGCAGGUAUCACAAGUCAGUUUGAUCCGGAUGCGACUAAGCCGCCAUGGUGGCCCUCUCGGGUCACCCACCGGGAGCCAGACCAUCUCCCUAAAGUUGAGCGCAUUAGACUUCUAAUUCACAUUCUUCGCGAACUACGGAGCAGCCAUGGAAUUUCUGUCAUGCAACUCGAAAAAGCUGAUCAGUCAAUUCGUCGGCUGAUUUCUCCGCCGAAGCUAGUGCAGGUCCUGGACGAGAUUUAUUAUGUUAGACGCCAAGAAGAACAAUUUAUGGAGGGAAAUUUUUAUGGGCAACCGAUGGUGUGGGUAUAUCACGCCGAUUUUCCUGAAACCGCCGAGAACACUAGCCAGAGGCACAAAAGUGGAAAUUAUACGUGGACCUCCCCAGUCACCAUUCGAGGUAUGGAGACAUAUGCGGGCUGUGGUGAAUAUUCGUCUGCCUUGGACGCUCCUCGGGAUGUAUUUACGCCUGAUGAAGUCCUAGCGUCUACCCAUCACGCCCUCUCGCCAAACGAGAAGAGAGAUCCUCGAGAACAAAUACUCCCUCAUAAAGUCAAUUCCGACUCUGUUGUGGCUAUCACUUCUCAAUCUUCGAAAAGGAAGCGCGAUAGUGUUGAAAUCCAUUCUACUAAUCCAAGGGGUCCUUCCGUCGUUGCUCCCUUCCUAUCGCCCACCCCUAGGGCUAGUCAACAGUUAUCGAUGAACAUGUGCGGUGCUUCUUCUGCAAUUCAGCCUUUGACGGUUUCAUGGAUCAAAAAUUCAAGAACGGGAAUUAUGAUGGAGCCAUUGGAGGCUCAUGUGGAGGCUCAUGCAGCACGUUCCUAUUAUGACUAUCGCGCGUGA